AUGGGUGACUCGUCCGCUCCUCCAGCGGCGCCAAUGGCGUCUCGGGAUGAAAGGGCCUCUCUUACUUCCAGGGUCAUUCCGACUAUGACUCUGUCGACCAUCGACAAUCCUCUGACGGCACCACUUCCUCCAAUAGCAUCCACAUCUCCCUCUGAGAGAGCAGCAGCUCGAUUCAGCAUCGAGGGUAACGCUGUUCUCACUGGAGGCGCCGGCACAUUGGCACUGGCCUCUGCUCGAGCUCUUCUGGAACAUGGUUUGUCGGCUCUUACCCUUAUGGACCUGCAAUCCACCAUCGACAAUUCUUCAAAGUCAAUCUCCGAGCUCAAGCAGGAAUUUCCUCACGUACCCAUUCACGCUGUCCAUGUCGACGUAACCUCAGAAAGUGCUAUCGAGAAGGCCUUUCAGGAUGCUCGAAAUCUGAUGGGUAACAUCGACAUUUUGUGCUGCUUUGCCGGCAUUGUCGGCUGUGUGCACUCCAUAUCAGCAACGGCUAGUCAGUUCCGCAAAGUGGUCGAUGUCAACUUGAACGGUUCUUUCCUAUGUGCUCAAGCCGCUGCCAAGCAUAUGAUAGACUCCAAAAAUGGCGGCUCGGUUCUUUUUACAGCAUCGAUCUCUGCACAUUCAACAAACUACCCUCAGCCUCAAGCUGCGUACAAUGUCAGUAAGGCUGGCGUGGCUCAUCUUACUCAGAAUCUGGCAGCCGAGUGGGCAGUCCAUGGCAUUCGUGUCAACUGUAUCUCUCCGGGCUAUAUGGACACAGUGCUCAAUGCUGGUGAAAACCUCAAACCAGUCAGGGAUAUUUGGGCUAGCCGAUGCCCUAUGGGACGAAUGGGGAACAUCGAGGAGAUCACUGGACCAGUAGUGCUUUUGAGCAGUAAGAGAGCGGGCAGAUACAUUACCGGCGCUGACUUGCGUGUUGAUGGCGGUGCUCUAUGCUUUUGA